CAUUCCUCAUCCAAUAGGAUUUGCGCGUAUAGGGCCAAGACCGGGCGGUUGGCGAGGGCGAGGAUAAGGGAAGAGGAACGACGAAAAGAAACUGAUACGAGUACAAACGACGGUAGCGGCAACGAAGACGUCGACGACGGGGACGACGGGAACGGCUACCGCGACGGCGACAGCAACGGUGGCAGUGGCGGUAACAACGAUAGCGGGAGUGGUAGUGGUAGUGUUGCUGGUGGUGACAACAACGACGACGACGACGACGACGACGACGACGACGACGACGACGACGACGACGGCAGCAGCGGCGGUGGCGGCGACGGCGAGGACGACGAUCGAGACGGUGCGCCGUGUUGGACGGUGGAGUACACCGUACGUGUUAGUGCGUGUGUUGGUGCGCGAGCGCGGUUGGUCGGCUCGCGUUGUUGUAUCCAAGAUGAAGUCCGACUCGAAACCUUUGUUGACAGCUCAGGCGGAAAAGGCAAAUCAUUACACAUACUUGAAAGAAUUCCGCGUCGAGCAAUGUCCUCUCUUCAUACAACGCAAAUGCACGCAGCACAGACCCUUCACGUGCUUCAACUGGCACUUUAUGAACCAGCGGAGGCGCAGACCGGUGAGAAAGAGGGACCGCACCUUCAACUACAGCGCCGACAAUUAUUGCACCAAAUACGACGAGACCACUGGCAUCUGCCCCGAUGGGGACGAGUGUCCAUUUUUGCAUCGUACCGCGGGUGAUACAGAGAGACGUUAUCAUCUACGUUAUUACAAGACAUGCAUGUGCGUCCACGACACUGACACGCGUGGAUUUUGCGUGAAAAAUGGCCCGCAUUGCGCCUUUGCCCACGGCAAUCACGAUUUGCGUCCGCCCGUGUACGACAUCAAGGAAAUUCAGGCGUUGGAAAAUCCCGAUUCGGAUCCAAAUUCUUCAUCCAACGGACCUAAUAUACUCGACAAGGAGCGAAAUCUGAUGAACGAGGAUCCAAAGUGGCAGGACACGAAUUAUGUGCUGAGCAAUUACAAGACCGAGCCGUGCAAAAGACCACCGAGGUUGUGCCGACAGGGCUACGCCUGUCCGCAAUAUCACAACAGCAAGGAUAAGAGGCGCAGUCCACGGAAAUAUAAAUAUCGAUCGACGCCAUGUCCGAAUGUGAAACACGGCGAGGAAUGGGGCGAGCCGGGCAACUGCGAGCAGGGAGAUGCGUGCACGUAUUGUCAUACAAGAACGGAACAGCAAUUCCAUCCUGAGAUCUACAAAUCCACCAAAUGCAACGAUGUGCAACAGGCCGGCUAUUGUCCACGCGGAGUCUUUUGCGCUUUCGCGCAUGUUGACCGUGAGUGUACACUCAUCAAUCUGUUGCCAACAGAAGAAAUGAGCCUGGCGAGGGAUAUGGCGGUACCUAUAGAUUGCGGCGCGAAUCUGGCCGACAUACUCAGCAACGCUCUUCCACCCGACAAGCGCUCACACGACAAGGAUAAACCACUUAGUGACAGUAGUAAUGGGAGCGGAGAAGUUUCGGAAUCUGCCAGCACUAGCAGUUUAGGUAGUAACAGUUCCCAUAGCAAGGCACCUGGUGCGCAACUGCAUAAUUCUAAUAAUACCAAUUCCGGCAUAAAUACGGCUGCGCAGCAAAAACUUACGAGCAUACUCUAUAAUCCCAGUUCUCUCAUACAAAAUGAAAUUCGAAAGCAAAUGAUCGCAAUUGAUAGUGAUCCAUUGUUAACUAAAGCUGAAAAAGCUCAACAGAAGCAAAGCCUCUACAUUGCGUACAAUUUGAAUGGUACGUUAGGUAGUCAUUCGUUAGCAACUACUGUUUCACCGUUGUCAAAUUCGUUUUAUUCAAACGACACUGUCGAAUCUGUAGUAGGAAACGCAUUAGAUGAGUUACAUUUAGAUGAUCCGUUAAAUUUAGUCGAUUCAAUUCAUAGGGACACAAAUUCACCGAUCGGCAAUUCGAUAUCAGCAGGCCUAGCCAGCUCUGGUCUACUCGGUAGCUCAGCUCCGGUCAAUAUACCCGGCAUGACUGAACGUUCCGUACUCACUAAUUAUUCGCCAUCAACAUCGAGUCCACUUCAACAAUUACAGACUGGCUUUCUCACUGGAUCAAGAUUCUCUCAUCAAGAUUCCAUGGAAUCUACAUUGCCAUUUAUGAAUCAGAUAUCGGAUCCAUUUAGCAAUCAUAUUUCGCAGCUUAGCAGCUCAACUUCUAAGCUUAGUGGAUUCAAUAGCAGCUUAUUCGAUUUCGCAAACCAAGGAAUGUCCCCGUCACGCACGCAAUCCACUCUGCCGGCAUCUCCAUUGGUCAAUCCAUUUUCCAUUAGCCCAAGUAAUGCUGGAUCAUUGUCUGAGGUACAAAGACUUAGAGAUGAAUUGACCUCGAGCCGUGCACAAUUAGCAACAUGGGAUGAACGUAUUAAUCAAGCGCGCACGGCUUGCGCGGCAUGGCAAAUGGAAAGCGAGGAGGCAAAAAGAAAGGCCAGUAUAGCCGAACAACAGAGGGACGAGGCUUUAAUGCAGAUAAAAGCGCUCAGAGUCGAGAAUGAGACUUCUAAUGGCGGCCCAUAUCUUCAUUCAGUGAGACGAAUAAGCGAACUCAGAUCGUUAUCGAUAGCUACCUUGAAAUCAAUUCAAUCGCAAUUGCGCUCAGAUCUCGAAGAAGUGGAAAAGGUGCUGUAUAGGGAAACGGCAACAAAGUGCAUGGUUUGCGAGGAACAAAAUCGUGCGGUCACCUUAUCGCCCUGCAACCAUUAUGUAGUCUGUUCGACGUGCGCUCCGAAUCAGCGCGAGUGCCCGUACUGCCAGACUCCAGUCGUCUCAACAAGUUAGACCUGAACCUUCCCUUAGAAUCCCGUUGUUGUUACAAUUUCCGCUUCAUAGAAAAAAGAAAAAAAGAGGAAGGGCGGGGGGCAGUCUUUGAAAAAAUAUCAUAUAUUUCUCACAUCUUUAAAUACAAUUCUACAAAGAAUGGCAUCCUAACAAUAUCCUCUAAAGAAGAAAAUGUUUUAUUUUAUAUAUGAUUCAAGAUAUAUAUUCGCGGCAGCGUGUUAAAUAUACACAUUUACGAUAAAAGCAUUUGCGUGCGCGCGAAUUACAGAACAUUUAACGCGAAAAUAUAAUCGCAAUUGUCGACAAAGUUCCGGGACCUCGAAAACUAUAUAAUUGUUUAAAAUAAAUAAAUUAUAAUAAUAAACUCAACACAAAAGUUUUUCCCAUUUGACAAUGGGAAAAUCUUUUUUCAAUGGUUGAGCUGUGAAACGUAUGUCACAGAAGAAAAAUGAUAUUUCUAUUAUAUUUAAAU